CUUUCGACUGGUGCUGGUGCUGGAUGCUGCUUUCGUACUCUGCCAUGGAUGGAAGCUAAGGUCUUCCCUUGUCCUUGUCCCGACAACAACGUUGCCACAUUUCUUCGCCCAGGGCCAACCUCGUCAGGUUCGACGCUUCCGAGAUCGCAAAGGACAAGCGCGGUUGGAUCUUCGAUCCCAUAGCACCCAUUAUUGUUGGAUGCAAUUGGAAUACGGCGUCGUUUUUGGUUUGGAAGUGUUUACCGCGUGUUCGUUUGUGAAACAAUUCUCUGAACUACUGAUUAAGGCAGCUAGUGAUUAUGGUGCUUUGACAGCAUCAGUGGCAAAUUUUUAGUGGAGAGGAAUGAAAGAGGAUAGGGUCAUGCUGCAUUUUGAUUUUUGACAGGUGUAGGCUAGGGGAGGCAAUAAAUCUGUGCAGAGAUCCAUCAUUAAUAUUGGACAGAUGGUUCUUCUUCAUGGAUUGACACUGUUCACAGUAAACCAUGCAUGACAUGCAAUUGCUAUACUUAUUAGCUUUAAUGGAACCAUCAGUUGCCUAUAUGUCAUGAUGUCUUUAUGAUCAUUCUUUUUAAUUUUCCCUGCAUAUAAGUUCUACUUUCUUUUGUACUAAUUGAUUUUUAAUAUUUUGUUUUGCUUUUGUACAGAAUUAUUUUCCCUUCAGUGGCAUUUCUCACUGGUAGUGAUCUUGUUCCUGGGCCUGCUGCUGGAGUGUUUCCUUCAAGGGGUGGUCAUGGCAUUGGUGGAAGCAUGCUUGUAGGGCCUAAUGACCCCCGUUGGUUUGGUGGUAUUGGUGGAGAUCCUGCUUUUCCUGGAGGAUUGCCGAGAGCCAGAAAGAAACGAGGUUAGCGAGACAACCUCGGCGUAGUUGUGGCCUUACCUCAACCCCCCUCCCCAAAAACUAUUCUUUCAAAACGACGACGGUGUUAGCUUCAGAUUCCUUUAAAUUUGGUUGCACUCUAACUCACGCAGCCCAUAGCAAGCCGCUUUCUUCCUCCUUCGAUAUGCAAUUAGCACGAUGGCGAAACUUGUUGUCUCCGAAGACUCACGCUAUUCCCUCUCUUAUGCAUUUCUCCGAGUUUCAUUCCGAGUUUCAUUCCACUCCUUAUUCAUGUCAGAAGUGGAACAACAAAUUCAACUCCGAUGUAAAAAAAUGUCAACAACCAUCUAAGAAUCACAUAAAAUUUAUUACACGUCAGAAGCGUGCUGACGCAAAGAAAGCACUCAAUAGUCUUCUUUACAAUAAUGGAGCCUCUAAAUUUUCUUUUGAGGAAAAGUGUGGAUACCAAGGUAGAUUUUCCAAUAAAGGUCAGCCAAAAUCUGGUCAACAUUCUGGUGGAAAACCACAAAAGAAAAGUAAACGAAAAAUCAGAAGAGAAUGUUUCUCCGAGGACUUUGACGGCCACACUGAGCAAAUAUUCCAGGCAACAUUUGGUAACAAAUGGUAUACAUGGUCCUUCAACAAUUGGAGCAGUUCGUCCUCUGAACAUUCCACAUCUGGGUUUGAAUGGAGGGAACAUUCAAAUAGGACAAGCAAGUGGAAAAAUGAAAGUGAUACUGAGCAUGAAGAUGAUGACUCAUGUUGUGAAGGAUCAAGUUCUGAUAGAACUGUUCUGGGUCUGCCUCCAACAGGUCCAUUAAAGAUUGAAGAUGUUAAAAAUGCUUUCCGGUUAUCAGCUUUAAAAUGGCAUCCUGAUAAGCAUCAGGGCCCUUCCCAGGCAAUGGCUGAAGAAAAAUUCAAACUGUGUGUAAAUGCAUACAAAACAUUAUGCAAUGCUCUCUCCCCAUCUUAGGUGGCUUGUUACAGCUUCAAGUCAGUAAAGAUAUCCAUCACAAUUGAUCAAUGUUGUACGAUUAAAUUUAUUAUUUUGGGUUGGCAUUUAAUUCACAGUAAGGUCAUAAUUGCACUCUCUUAGUGGAAAAGAAGUUAAUUUUUUGACGCAAAUAUAAUUUUCCAACUAUGGGAUGCUCCCUUGAGUUAUAUCUUGUGAUUUGAUGAUCAUUAGACA